AUGGAAAAACAGUGGUUUGGUUCGCUCUUGUUUAGCGGGGAGUUAGAAUACGGGCGUAGGCUAAGUAAAUCAAUGGCCGGUUUUGGUCCUUUUGAAAAUAUUGAAAAUACCGGUAUAAGUGAAGAUCCAAUUAUAGAUGAUAUGGAUAAAGACGUGUCUAAUUGUAGUGACAAGUCUAAUUCCAGUAAUGUUGAUCAUUUAGUCGGCGGCGGAUCCCUUCGGAAUUUAAUAUCGGAUGAGACUUUUUUCGUUAUGGAUAGUAAUAAGGACGGUUAUUCCAUAUAUUUUGAUAUUGAAAAUAAAAAUUUUGAGAUUGACACCGACCGUUCUUUUCUAAGUGAACUAAAAAGUUCGUUUUAUAGUUAUCAGACUUCGAGUUAUAUGAAUAAUGCAACUAAAAGUGACGAUAAUCGCCACGACCAUUACGUGUAUGAUACUAAUUCUAAUUAUAGUUGGAAUAAUCACAUUACUAGUUGCAUUGACAGUUAUCUUCGGUCUCAAAUUUGUCUUGAUAGUUAUAUUUUAAGCAAUAGUGACAAUUACAGUGAUAGUUACAUUUAUAGUUACAUUUGUGGCGAAAGCAGAAAUAGUAGUAAAAGCGGGAGUUCCAGUAUCAAAACUAGCAAGGAUGGUAGUGAUUUAACUAUAAGAUCUAAUAAUUUAAAUGUAACUCAAAAAUACAGGCAUUUGUGGAUUCAAUGUGAAAAUUGUUAUGGAUUAAAUUAUAAGAAAUUUUUAAAAUCCAAAAUGAAUAUUUGUGAACAGUGUGGAUGUCAUUUGAAAAUGAGUAGUUUCGAUAGAAUCGAACUUUCGAUUGAUCCGGGUACUUGGGAUCCUAUGAAUGAAGACAUGGUCUCUCUGGAUCCCAUUGAAUUUCAUUCGGAAGAGGAACCUUAUAAAGAUCGUAUUGAUUCUUAUCAAAAAAAUACAGGAUUAACUGAGGCUGUUCAAACAGGCACAGGUCAAUUAAAUGGCAUUCCCGUAGCAAUCGGGGUUAUGGAUUUUCAGUUUAUGGGGGGUAGUAUGGGAUCCGUAGUAGGUGAAAAAAUCACACGUUUGGCUGAGUAUGCUACCAAUAAACUUUUACCUCUUAUUCUAGUGUGUGCUUCCGGAGGAGCCCGCAUGCAAGAAGGAAGUUUGAGCUUAAUGCAAAUGGCUAAAAUAUCUUCCGUUUUAUAUGAUUAUCAAUCAAAUAAAAAAUUAUUUUAUGUCGCAGUUCUUACAUCCCCUACCACGGGUGGGGUGACGGCUAGUUUUGGUAUGUUGGGAGAUAUCAUUAUUGCUGAACCCAACGCUUACAUUGCAUUUGCAGGUAAAAGAGUAAUUGAACAAACAUUGAAUAAGACAGUACCCGAGGAUUCACAAGUGGCUGAAUAUUUAUUCCAUAAGGGCUUAUUCGAUCCAAUCGUACCACGUAAUCCUUUAAAGGACGUUCUGAGUGAAUUAUUUCGACUACAUGCUUUCUUUCCUUUGGAUCAAACUUAG